AGAUUAACAAACACAGUGACUAUUCAACACUCAAUCGAGUAAUAAUCAAUGCAAACUAUUAUACCAUCUGAAAACCAACACACGUUUUUGUAACUUUUCAUUCGAAGCUCAGAAAAAACUCGCAUCUUUCUCGACGCCACAUUCAAUUCUCCGGUUGUGAAUUUAAUUAUGCUCUGUGGUCACACCACGUUCGAACAACUUUAUCAUUUACAUUUCUUCAGCGCUAGCAGAGAGCAAAACAAGAGCCAAAAAUUUGGCAUAUAACUGAAAAAAGAGCUUCGAACUUUUAGUUUUCACUCUAUCAUUUGUCUGCAAAAAGAGCCAAACUAAAUUAAACCACCUAACGUGACCAAACGUAUUUUUGGAUUGUAAGUAAAGAUGUCCCGAGCAGCCCGACGAAGACCUCAGAUCCCGAGCGACAGCGAGGAAGAAGAGAUGUCACUGGACAAGAAAAUGAGCCAGAAGUUCGCUGGAAAAGCCGAACCCAAAGCCGACAACACAGCCACUGAGCAGAAACCUAGGGUAGUAACCAACAAUCAGGUAGCAUCCAACAAUCAGAACCAGGACUUCUGCUGUUGGAAGUGCGACAAGAGCCUGUACGGGUGUCGAUUCGUGAACAAAGAUGCACAUCCCUACUGCGUCAAAUGCUACAAUGAAGAGUUCGCUAACACGUGCUUUGCCUGCAAGGAAAUUAUCUCCGUAGACCAGAAAGACUUGGCAUUCAAAGACAAACACUGGCAUGAGAAGUGUUUCAAGUGUAGCGAAUGCAAGAAACCCCUCAAGGACCAGUCAUUUGGGUUCCAAGACGGGCAGCUAUACUGUAGCGAAUGCUGGGACAAUAACUUCGCGCCCAAAUGCACAAAGUGCCAAUUGCCAUUCAAGGCGGGAUCCAUGAAACUCAGUUGGAACGGGGGCGAAUACCACAAAGAGUGUUUCUGCUGUGCAGAGUGCGAUAAGGUCAUAGGACAAGAGGCAUUUCACCCUCAGGAGGGCAAGCCAUACUGCGAGGACUGCUGGGAGAAAAACUUCGCCAUCAAGUGCUCUAAAUGCUCCAAUCCCAUCAAGCAGGGAGGAGUCACUUACAAACUGGAGCCAUACCACAAGGAAUGCUUCACUUGCUUCGAGUGUGACAAGAGUCUAGCGGGACAGAGGUUCACUUUGAAGGAUGACAAGCCCAUCUGCCCAGACUGCUAUGGGAAACUGUACGCACAGAAGUGUUUCGACUGUGGCGAGGCAAUCACAGGCAUGGGUGGCAACAGGUACAUCAUCUUCGAGGACAUGCAGUGGCACACCAACUGUUUCCACUGCAAGGACUGUCAGGAGUCGCUAGUGGGGAUCAACUUCGUGGCCGAGGGAUACGGGGAGGACCUGGAGAUAUUUUGCCAGCCGCACGGGUUCCAGAAACGUGGCAUGGACUUCACCACGAUCAAGAAAUAGACUCACAAAAGUGUCGAUUAGAAACCCAACAGAUAUGGUUAUGGCUGAGUUGAGCUGAGAAUAAUAAACUAGAGACUGUAACUUGUAAAAGUAAUUUUGGAGCCUGUGUACAUAAGGAAACGGAUUUUUACGAUUUGUACAAAAAUUGAACUUAUAAUUAUUACUUUUAUAAUAAAAUUUUGCAACAAAAACAAUCAAUUUUUGUGAUAAAAA